CCUGAGCCGGACGGGCUUCGUACUCGGGCGUUGCAACCGCUGUCGGAACCGCCCUCUCUCCACCUCGGUGGCCAAGGUGCCGGGUACCAACGCCAGCAGCGGAGCGCGCCAGGGAGCAGCGCGCCUUUGUGCGAGAUGAGGAAACCAAGGAGUAGAGGAGGCAAGAAGCUGUCCUGGGAGAGGCUGGGGUGUUGGGUUCAGGACCCACCCGAAACACUGCCUUUUCAUCUCACGCUCGCUCCACGGUCUGAGUCUGCAUGAGGACGGCAGAUGGAUGUGAAGUUUCACGGGAAUACUUUGAAAAGUCGGCUCUUUCACAGCACACCUUCGUUGAUGUUUAUUUUACAUUUCAUUAAAUGUACCCAUUAUCAAUGUAUAGUUACACUUUUCAUAGUUUGUAGGCUUGGCAGCCAUCGUCCUGGUUCAGUUUUAGAUUCCACAGUCAGCUCCCAUUCCCCUCCUCAGCCUUAGGCAACCAGGGCUCACCUUCUGUCUCCAUGGAGUUUUGCCAUUUCAGAAAUUUUGGACAAAUGGAAUCAUACGGUAUACCCUACUGGGUUGUCAUGUGUUUAUCCAUUGUUCUAUAAUCCAUAUGCUUUUAAGGGGCAUUCUUGGCCUUUCUUAGAAAGAUACACUCUGUACUGAUAGGAAAACCAUUGUUAGGAUGUACCUUAAGACGAUAUUAAUGAAAAUAAUAGUAUUCACUAAUGCAAGGCUCCGUAAACGUUAUCUCUUGUGAUCUAUAAGUGAUUCUGUGAGGAUGGGUCUGUGGUUGGUGCUUGACCAAGGAGGAGUCUAAAGUGCCAAGAGACUAAAAGGCUUGGCCCGGGUGAGAGACUUCACCAUCCCCCGGAUCCCCCUGGGCUCUUCUGACUCCAUAGUUAAAGCUCGCACGUCUCAGCUUCAGAGAGGGCUGAGACUUGGGGUAGGGAAAAUAGGCUUGCAGAUAAAUCUGAAUUUGUAGCUUUAAGAAAAAUGUUUGUCCUGAAUUUUCCAUUUGGCUUUACCGUGUGGAGAUUAUGGUGUCUUAAAGGGAUCCUUCUAUGGGGCAAUUUUCUUAGCAUCACAGUGGCACCAGAUUAAAGGCACAUAAUUAUGCCAUUAGGCGGAGCCUGCAUGCUUGAGUUACGUUUUAAAUAUGGUGUUUGCCAGAAAUACAUUUUUUGCCUGAAGUCCCCGAGGCUAUUUAUGACUUUACAGUUACUGGAUGGAAUUUAAUUAAGUAUCAUACAUUUUUAAAGAUGAUUAUAUAAUUGUAUUAGAUAUUAAUGUAUUUUCUCCUCUUUGUGCCAAGUACAUAUUUGAACAGUUUUUUUUUCUAUCUAUGUGGCAUUCCGAUUAGAAGAUUUCAUCUCCUGUAUCAACGAAGGAUUCCUUAUGUAUUACAAGUAUUCUGGAGCUGUGGAAAACAUUUUCAACAAUUCAUUCACACCAUUAGCUCAGAGUUGGUCACAUGUGUUUAUCCUGGGUCAGCACUGCUAAGCUGUGGCCCUGUUAACAGCAGUGAGCUGGAAUAAGGACACGCUUUACACCCAGAUCCCAGCCUUGGUCUCUGCUAAGACACUCUGCUAGUUCCACACCGUUCCGAGUCUCUAAAACGGAGUUGAAGCAUUGUUACGCCAGCUUUUGAGAGGUAGUAUACCCUCCAUCUUUAACGACGCUUCUGUACAGUCCAGCUUACUAGUUCACAGCCGAAGCCCUGCACUUCUUUUUAGAGUAUCUGGUUUAAAAAGAAAAAAAAGUAACAAUUUUAGUUUAAAAGUUUUCCUUUGACUUAUUUCAACUGCAGAGUCUGCUUUUUUUCCUUAAGAGAUCAGUGAGUAUGAUGCUAGACUCUGAAGACGGUAGAAAAGACAAAAAUCAAAUCCCACCCCCUCGACCCCCUCCUUCCCUCUCCCCCUCCCCCCAGCUUCCAGAAGUAGAGCUGCUAGAGUGGAGCCUUGUUCAAGAGACAAAAUCUAAGUAGCGUUUCGGCAUUGCUGUCUCCCUUUCUCUCAACUCCCAGCAUCUUUUCACUUCCACUCUGACCUUUCUGCUUGGAGCACUGCUGUUCUUUCUACAAGAAUAAGUUUCAGUUAAAACCCUGGUCUGCUACAAGCUUAUUUUCAAAAGUAUCUGGUGGGAAGAUCUCUAAGUUUCCUGUUGGGGUAAUCCCCAGGACUGUCCCUGGCUUUUCUGGUCUCAGAGGCGUCCCCUCUACUGGGUAGAGCACACCAUCUUUGCUUAUUUCUGUUGCUAGGCCAGGCCUGCCCUUUCCCCCGAGGAGUGGCUGAAGGUGAUGUCAACUGAAAACUCAGGCAAGAUGUGGGGGAGGCUCAGAAAUCUGUUGAAUUUGUCUCUGUCUUCAUAUUGGCCUCAUUUCUUAAUAACAUGACAGUAUUAAGAAAUACUUCAAACAGAAUGGUUAUGCCUGAUUUGAGGCCAAGUCUUUAAAAUGUACCAGGGCUGCAUGAGACAGUUCCACCUCUGAAGGCCUGAUACAUCCAGCAGAGCUGUUUUCCUCAGUACCUUCUGCCUCGUGCUGCUGUUUGUUGAGGAAACCAUGUUGGUCUAGUAGAAAGGCCCACUUCCUUGAUUGGACUACAGUGUGUUCUCAAAACUUGUUCCACAAGUUCUUGUGGGUCUGUAAGCUAGAACAGCACCACGGUUCUGCUGGGUUCAUGGCCAGCUCUUUAGAAAGGGCUGAGUUGUUGGUAGUGACAACCGCUUCACGUUGCAUCAGCCUGGCAAUGUCCAAUGUCACUCCCAGCGAUGUGAACAUUGAUCGGUUGGUUUCUGUGUUGGCAGCUUGAUCUUUCAUUGUGGAUCCCCCAUCUACCUUUCUCCUAGUGUUAGCAUCUAUUGGUGAUGGUUCCUUGAAUUAAGUAGUUCAUUGGAGACUGUUUAAUGAGCAAGUUAGCAAGGGGGAGAUGAGACCUGCAAUGGCCAAGUGUCCAGUAAACUCGAUGUAGGACCCUUAAGGACAGUGGGAACUCAAUGGAGAAAAGCAGAAUAGCUGGGUUUUCCAUUUACGGCAUGCAAAUAUUCUUAACCUCAGAUGCAUCAUAACGUACUUAUGAAUGUUGUGUCAGGUUAUUUUGACUGUAAGUUGAGUUUGAGAGUAAUAUUAACUCCGUGUGUUUAUGCUGCUUAUACCACACAGCGUAGGAGCUUAGAGCAUAGGAUUAUAAGGUGCAGUACCCAUGUGGCGGAACAGCCCAUUGUCCAUUAUCUUCUUCAGGAACCAGUUGAGAUUUUCUGCUGUGUAUGGACAUGUAUGACCAGACUUUUCUUAGGAAAGGUAUGACAUUAAUAAGGGGGUGCUAGGGAGAUAGCUCAGUGGCUAAGGGUGUUUACCUGUCUUCAAAGGAUCACGCUUAGUUCUCAGAACCCAUGUUGGGUGAGUCAUAGCCAUCUUAAUGACAGUUCUAGAGCACCUAAUGUCUUCUUCUGGCUUCUCUGGACACCAGCACACAUGGCACACAUACAUACACACACAUAGCAUGCCUGCACACACACACGAUAUAAACUUCUUUAAAAAAAGAGAAUGAUGAGCUUGAGAGACGGCUCACCUGGUGAAGUACUUGUAUAAGUGUAUGGACCUGAAUGUGAGACCCAGAGCCCAUAUAAACCCCAGAGCACCCUGUGUGCUCUGAGGAGACAGGAGGAGGAUCAUGGGUGCUCACUGGCCAGCCAGUCAGGCUGAUUUGAUGAGCUCCAGGCUCACUCUAAAUAUGAAUAAGGUAGGUAGUGAUUGUGAAAGACACCUGACAUCAACCUCUAGCCUUCACAUGUACCUGAAUGUACACAGGAUAAGGUAUGUACACACACACACACACACACACACACACACACACACACACACACACACACACACAGAAUGAUAAAGAUGAGAUAUGAGAUAAUUUUGUUUUAGUUCUUUCAAAACACAGGAGAAAUUGCAGUUUUCAACCUGAGUCUUACGAGUGGUUUGGAAAGAUGGAUUACUACCGUGUUUCCAGGGAAGAGAGCACUCCUUUUAAAGAACCGUGCCACAGCAAAUGAAAUUGGCUCACCUUACCAGCAUGCUGCACGCUGAUGCUGCAAUCGAAUCUGGGGAUACCCUCAGCUUUUGAAGGGCAUGGAAAUAUGUCGGUUCCUCCUGUGUGGAUGACCAUUCUCUUGGUGUACCAUAGCGUGCUUCUGGAAACCGCAUUGUGACGAGGAUCAUUGUCAUGACGGUUCUCAGAGUUGGGCGUCCCUCCCACAGUGCCUUAACUACAGAUCAUGCUUUUGACUAGACAAUUGGUGUCAAGUAAAUCUUGGCUCUGACUAUAAGGUAUUAAAAAAGAAAUCUGAAAUGAUAAAGGAUUUUGACAUUGUAAAGUAAUGCUUACAAAAGCCACAGAAAGAGGAAGUCACCUGAUUUAGUCUUCAUUUUUGAGGGGAUAGGGCAGUGGUGGGUAAUCUAACAUUCAGAUGUUCAGGGAGCCUUCCUGAGACUGCACAGCUAAUGGUGGUUACUUAGAGUCUAAACUCACACUAGAAAACACCCUAAUACCUGGGUGUUUAUGUGAAUGCUAAAUGCUUCCAAUGCAUGAUAUAGGACUAUAACUGACUUGACUUCACCAAAGCAGAAACAUUCCCUGCUCACCAGAUCACAAAUACCUGAUUAUGCUAACAACAGAAAGCGUGCUGGUACCCACCCAUCCUGUGUUCCUGCCUCCCUCCCAUCCAUCCCUCUUACUAUUUUAAUCUUUUUUUUCUUGUCAAAGGAAUACCAUAUUUUAUUGCCCAUAAACAUUUUUUUCAGGGCCUUCCAUGUACCCUGAAGAGCUGUAUGAUAUUUUUAAAUCGGUAAUUGCUCUCAGCUUUUAAAAAGGCAUUAAAGGAGCUUUGGGCUGUUAGAUGCUUUGAGAGUCCUAGAAGGUGCCUAGGUAGAUUUGAGCUGAUAGUAUGUUUUAAUACAUGUCUUGGGCCAAAUCACAUUUAAAAAAAAAGCAGACCAUUCCUCUGAUCAUUUUUAUUUCAUAAAAUCACCACUUAGCCUUUAAAUAUUUAAAAACAUCACCAGGGGGGUUGGGGAUUUAGCUCAGUGGUAGAGCGCUUGCCUAGGAAGCGCAAGGCCCUGGGUUCGGUCCCCAGCUCCGAAAAAAAAGAACCAAAAAAAGAAAAAAAAAAAAAAACAUCACCAGGGAAUUGACCUGGGGCCAUCUGAGAACCACUUGUCCCCUUUUCCAUACUCUGGGCAGUUCUAGACCUGAGGCUUUCUGAAGGUACCUCUGGGGAAGUGUGUGGAUGGUAGGUGGGGAGGAAUUCAGGCCCUAAGUCACCCCCUCUGGUAAGAGAAGGAGGAAGAGAGAAGGUAGCUGAGGUUAGCCUUAGUUCCUUAAGGCUAUAGGCAUCCCUUCUGUGUGCAGCCCGGGAAGCUCAGAGAACUUGCCCCAAAGCUGCUCACUAGACUAGUUACCGUGUUCCAGGGGCACGGAGGAUCAGCAUGGAGAACUGUAUCCACUUGGAUACGGUUUGUUCUCUGAUGCAUGAUUCAGACAGCUUGUGGUAAAAUAAAAGCACAUUUGGCUUUGUGGCAGCACUCCUCAGAUGUGCCCAGAGAAUGCUUGUUUGCUUUCAGUGCCCUAAAUUACAAUUCUUCGUGUGCUUCCUGUUUCACAGUUAGUGACUGAGAUCUGUGACUCUAACAGGACUGUCGUUUUUCACUCUAGUCCAUUUCUGCUAGAAACUAAGAGGCCUGUGUACUGUGGAACAUGUUGCACGCAUGUGCUUUGAGGAGAACAGCACGCAUAGCUGACGAAUUUCAAAAACAUCCUAUUUAUAGUCCUUGAGAGUAAUUGUCAGACGCUUGGUCUGUGCGCUUUUGCUAACGUCAUGUGGCUCAACAUGGCUUUUUAAAUGGAGAGAAAUUGUUUUUUAUGUGUGGGUGAUUCAUUUGAUAUUUCUCUAUAAAUUCAUACCCCAACCGUGUCUCUGAAGUGUGUCACUGCAGUAAUAGCCCAGGGAGUUUUCAGCAAUUAGCAUUGGAGUCAACAUGGGAUGGUACUUUAGAGAACUCACAACUCUGUGUGUGUGUGUGUGUGUGUGUGUGUGUGUGUGUGUGUGUGUGUGUGUAAAGGGGAGGGCUGGAGGGAGGCCAGAGGAGGAUAUCAGAAGUCCUACUCUGUCAUUCCCCACCAUGUUCAUAUUCCCUUGACAUGGUCUCUUCCUGGGCCUGAGCUAGCCUGGUAGCCAGUAAGCCCAAACAACACACUUGCCUCUCCUUCCACCGAACCCCACCGUGCCUGGGAUACAGGUACAUGAAUGGCCACCUGGCUUUACAGCGUGUUGGGAAUUUGAGCUCCAUCCUUGUUUACUCAGCAAGUAUUUCCCGUUCUGAGACCUCUCCCUAACCCUCGUAUUUUAUAAAUGCUCUGAAGUCACACAGGACCUAAAGGAGCUUGUCCCUUGACCUCUAACUUAAAACAGCAUUGUUGGCUGUCACACGUGGUCUUGCCUUAUCAUACCUACCCCAUGUGCUUGCCACUACCGAGAAUACAAAUAGGAACAGGAGACGGAAGUUACUGGUUACUGAGAUGGUGAUGGCUUUAUUGCCGAGGAAGAAUGAUGAAGUUUGAAAUCCUAUGUGGAAGAGACAAGUUCUUGUUUAUCUAGUAGAAAGUCUAAACAUAUUAUGUGUUAGAAAUAGUUUCUCAUAUUAGAGACGAAAGCCUAGGCAUUUCUUUAUGUGGUUGAGAACUUUCUUUGCUGUUUCUCCAUUUUGACUUCUAGGGCUGCAUGACUUCCUGUGGCUAAAUAUAUAUGGGAGGUUUUUUGUAAAUAAAUAUAAGAGAAAUGUGUUUUUGUGGAUAAACAUGAGAAUAAAACACGAGUUGUCCUCAUGGUGGGUGACUGAGGCAUCCCAAGCGUCACCAUGACCUGAGUCUUUUGCAGACUCGUGACAUUUAUUGGUUCUAACAGCGCACAAGAGAGAGUAAGAACUUGAUGUUGCCUAGAACUGUGCGAUGUGUGAGAUGCCCCUUUCCUGCGGGAACUCAAGAGCUCUCAUCUUUGCGUUCUGACCCUGAAUGAGCCAGCAGGUAAAGUGCAGGCACCAUGUCCAUGUGCAGGUAUCAACGGUACUCUCCGUGUGUGCUCCCCCAGCAUGGCGUCUUGCUGUGACUUUGUACAUGACUAUUGACAUGGCUUUCCAAUGGCAUGAGACUUUCGAUCUCAUUAGUACUCAAGAGGAUUCCUCUCAGAUUUGGGCCUGGUGUGCUGGGCUAGCUGUAAACAGUGGUAAAUAUAGAGAUAAGAGUAGACACAGGGCUCUGUCUGGAGCUUUGGGGUCAGCCUUAGGUAAGGUAGGAUUUCUACUGCUGUGAUAAGACAUCAGAACCAAAAGCCAGCUUAGGAGGAAAGGGUUUCUUGUGCUUAUACUUCGUUUGCUGUUCAUCAAAUGAAGCCAGGGCAGGAACCCGGAGGCAGGAGCUGAUGUAGAGGCCGUAGAGUGAGUUGAUGCUGCUUACUGGCUUCCUUCCAUGGCCUGCUCAGCUUUCCUCCCAACCCAAGAACCCAGGACCACCCACAGUGGGCUGGGCCUUCAACCAUGAAUCAAGAAAAGUCCCACGGGUUGGCCCACAGCCUGAUCCUAUCUUCUUAACUGAGGCUCCCUCUUCUCAGAUGACAUUAGCUUGUGUCAAUUUGACAUAAAACUAUCCACCGUAAAAGUUAAUUGAAGAAUGGAGGGGACGGACACCUCUGGGCAUAAAAGUGUGGGUGGCUGUUAGUUUGGACUGUGAGAUGAUGAGUGGCUUAAGUGAGAGCAGGCCAGGAAGAAGGUCCUGUCAGGUGUAGAGUUAGGAAGGGCCUGCCUCAGGUUCACGGAUAACUUCUUGCUGUAUCCUGACAUGGCAAAGGGGAAGAGUAAAACCCUUUUCUUUAUCCCUUCUUCAUGGGUGUGAAGGCAUCACAAAGCUCCACUCUGUAUUUCCUUCACAAUGUCCCACUUCCAAAUGCUGUUGCAUUUUGGGUUAGGGGUCAAAAGGAUGGAUUUUAGGAGUGACACAAGAGCUGAUCUGUGGCGUAAUCAAGGUGGUCAGUGAUUUAGACUCCAUGGGAAGGUGGCAGAGUGGGUUCUUAGAUGCAAGGAGGUGUUGUGCAGAGAAGGGAGGUCUUCAGGGGCCCAUGGUGGGUGUGGAGGUGAGAGGGAGGGAGUGGUAGAGGCAGCAGUGCUGUUGCAGGUCAGGACUCUAGCACAUGACCAACUAGAACUGGUCACCCAAGCCCAGGAGAGAGCACUGUGGCUGAGAACUGAUCUUGUCCAGGGCGUUUGCUGCUUCUCACAAGCCUGCUAUUUAAGAAUUGUUUGUUGGCUGAGAAUAGCACUAUGCUCAAGCCAGGGGGGACCCAGGGUCACUUGUUAGUAGCAGGUGGAGAGCAGGAAGGAAACUGGCACAGGGUUAGUGUUUGCCCAGACUUGACUGGUUUGUCCAGGUAUAGUUAGUAACAGAGCCUUUGUGGACUCCAGAAACAGUGAUGUGGCUGUGGUCGAUGGCACAGACACCCAGCUUACAUGCACAUGGUUGCACUGAUGCUUACUGCAUGUGUGGGUGAAGAUCCUGACUGACGAUUUGUCCCACAGGGGCUCCCAUGGUGUGUUGAUCGUCAUUGGCGAGACCUGGCUGAUCUCUUUGCAUUUUUACUGUUUGAAUUCUAAAGGAGACUACACUGUGGUUCCCUGAGCUCUCUUGUCUGGGUUUGUUUUAGAUGACUGACUGUUUGCUCUGCUAAUAUUGGAAACUUGAGUCCAUCACAUUGCCACGGUCUCUGUUAUUGUAGCUCUUCUGGACUCUCUUAGGAGACAGGGGUCUUUCCUGGGAGCUCCUAGGAGCUCACCAACCUUUUAAGACAUAGCUGGCUAGGACCAGUUAGAAAAGGAGGUAAGGGAAUGAGGAAGAGGAAGGAGAGCUGAGCCCUUUACUUUCCAGCCUGAAGAGAAUUGGUGUGGGAAGCCUUGUUUUCAUCGACUUCUGGGAAAACAGGCAUGAGGGAGCAAAGCCAGCGGGAGGGAUCUGGGGUCCUCAGAGUUGCUUCUCCAUGUGGAGUGCCCCAUGCUUGUGUUGCUUGUGGAACUCAAGAGCGAGGUUUUUAUGUGGGUCAUCAUUUUAUUUGGAGGCCACCAUGUGCAGAUUAUUUCCAUGCCCAAGAUGUCUUUAUUCAUGGUGAAGGGGACGGAAGACCCCGUGGUCUGAGUGCCGUGGGAUGAGAAAGCAUUCCCACGGACUACUGCUUGCUUUCCCCUUUGGGCUGUUCCUGUGUUCACUUGAUUAUGCAUUGAGGUUUCCCAGGUCUGGCUGGCAGCAGGAAUCUGUCCUUCCAGUCUUUGGGUCCCCUGUAGAGCUUUCCUGCCUCCUGAAGUGGGCCUCUGACACUAAGCUGGCUGUGCUCUGGAGGAUGUGGGGUUAUCUCCAUGGGGCUGAGUGAGCUUCAGAGAGCCCUGUCUAGCCUGUUCCCCUUAGCUGGUGUUUAUCUGUGUUGCAAGCUGUGAUCUGUGGGAGUGGCAGGGAGUUCCUUUAUAAGGUGGCUUUUGUUCAUGUGUUUCUAUUAUCUUUGUUCCACACAUCCUGACCCCCUUUCCCCAAGGGCAGUGAUAUCCAAGGGCCUCUUAGGGAGAAAGCCUCAUCAUGCUCUUUGAAUGGCAUCUAAACCAUAGCAUCUAAAAGCCUGGCUCCUAAGAAGUGGCUUUGUGAUGGCAGGGUGUCCCUCCCACAAGGCUGAAAUUCAGAAGAUCUUUCUAGUAAGCAGAGGACUCGGUUUCUUUUCCUCCCCUCUGUAGCUUGCUUCUAGUGUGAACUUUUCCUUUUCCUCCCUGGCUGCUUGGUAACUGCAAGUGAGUCUUCCACCUCCAUCCACCCUAUCUUUAUGAUUGGGUGGAGUGAUGUGUCUGGCCACAAUGUUUCUUGACCCUUUUCUAGAAAAAUACAAAAAAUAAACAAAACCCCUAAAUCAAAAGACAGGCGGAGAGCAGUGCAGCCAACUUGUGACAGCACAGAGAUGAAGACACACUGAAAUUCAGAAGGGCAGCUCAGAGUAGGUGGUGUGAGCUCAGAAGCUGCACCCAUAUCCUGUUUUCAGAGUUCUGUGGUCUGCCCUGUGGUUCUGCAUUUCAUGUCCCUUGUCACUUAUUAGCCCUGAAGUACAUUCAGUUCUCGGUUACAUAUAUCUGGAUCUUAAGUGAGACCCUGACUCUCUUGUUAGCCAAGGGAUCUAUCCUCGCUUCUUUUCCUGGGAAACUUUUGCCUUGUGACCACUUUUCUCUUUCUAGUUCUUUAAAUCGAGACACAGUAUGAGAGCAUGGGCCCUGGAAUUCCACCGUUUGGGUCUACCUUCCGGGUCUGCAGUUCAUCAAGCAAGUAAAGGAGCUGCCUGAAUUGUUUCCUUGCUGUUGAAUAGGAAUGGUGCCCUUCAGUGGAUUUACAGCAAUGCAGUCACUCGCCCACCAUGUGCCUGGGGAGAGCGAACACUCAAUAAACAGCUGGCAGCAUUGGUGGGCUAGACAGUGAGAGCAUGUGCUGCAAAGCUCUCUGCGUGAACAUAGGCUCGCCUGGUGUCCACUCUGCUUUCCAGUCAUGUCCAGGGAGUCUUCUGGAAACUUUACAUGCAGUUACGGGACAGCACAGCAAAGGUAUUUUGAAGCUGAGCGGCGUGUUCUAUCGACCCAUCCCUCCGAACCCAGAUUUGAUAUACACCGGAUAAUAACAGUCUUUGAUUUUGAGGACAGAGGUUUAUUCUAGUAUCUCACACCCAGAAGAGUCACAAAAGAUCUGUCAGCAAUAAGCUAGAAUUGAAACGGCCAACCUGGACAGACAUCUUCUGCAAUUGUAAACAGUAUGGACCUUAAACAGUAUGUCUUAUGUCGAAUGGGCAUCCAUUUUAAAACACUUGGCUGGCGUAGUCACCUGCAGUGAUGCCAGAAGUAGAUGUCCCCAGGCACAUCUAGGUCUGUAUUAGGCUGCAUUGAAAGGGAUGACUCUAGACAUUUUCUACAAGAGUUGGUUUCUAGUGGUCUGAGGCUACUAUUUCUCCAUGUGCAAGGGUGAGUCCAAGUGUGGUCUUGCCUCUGCUCCCUCCCUGGCCUGGUUUCCAUUAAUGUCCCUUCUUGUACUUGGCCUUUCUUGUUCCCCAGAUUCCUCUCUGGAAAGCCCUGCAGAGGCCUUGGUCCCUCUUCACCUGCUUUGUUUUCUGUCCUCAAACAGGUACAUCGCAGACAGUGUGCGUCUUGUAGGCCCUUCCAUCCUGUAGUCUUACCAGCUCACCCUGUGCAGUCACAAGCGUGUGGUAUGUUUGUCCUUAGUUUACUGGAGCCCCAGGGGUCCUGUGGCCUGGGAACCCCCUCUCACACUAGCCAAGCAGCAGGGCAUGGGCUCUCUAGUUCUUCAUCCCUGAGGAGAGCUGAAUACUCCUCAGUCUCAGUGAGUUACUGUCUCAGACGGAAAUGGUAUUUGGGGAAAUUCUGCAGAAUACAUUAUUGUGAGAUCUGUCUUGGUAUGAAGUUAAGAUACUGGGAGAAGUGAAUUGAAGGCCAGGCAUAAUCUGUGCCUCUGGCCUUUAACAGCUUUUUUAAAAAUAGAAAUUAGGAAAAUAGCCAUGUGCUCAUUGCCCUUGCAUGUGUGUGGAUGAAUGAUGGAUAUUGUCUGCUUUGCUCUGUUCCUUAUCUAAGCCAUGUGGGAACUGUCUUCUAGACUAGCAUGCUAGGGUUUUUGUCCUUUCCCUUGAGGAAAAUUGGAUGCUAUUUUUUUUCUUGCAAAUAAAAAAUAUGUAACCUUUUGGUUCUGAACUCUAGGAAGCAAGUAAUUCAGUUAACUUUCAGACCUGGAAAUUACAUUAGUCCUGACCAGUGGCACUCAGGGUGUUUUGUGUAUUGGAUUCUUUGACUUUCUAAUUCUGCUUUAUUUACGAACUUGUAUAUCUGACUUAAUUUAUAUGCACAACACAACAUUUAUACUGCCAAUAGUUUGCUUGGAAAAGAAUUUAGGGAAUGACAACAUUUAAAAUAAUUUUUAUGUUCUUACAUGGAGCACUGAGGGCGGGCUUUCUUUCUUUCUCUCUUUCUUUCUCUCUUUCUUUCUUCCUUUCUUUCUUUCUUCCUUUCUUUCUUUCUUCCUUUCUUUCUUGUGUAAAUAGUGUAUAUGAUGUGUGUAUGCCUGUGUGUGCACAUGUGUUUAUGUGGGCAAAUGUGUACCACAGUGCCUAUGUGGAGGCCAGGGAACAACCUUGGGGUCUGUCCUCACAUUGUUGGAGACAGGCUUUCUUGGUCUCUAAUGUGUAUGCCAGGCUAGCUGGUUUUAGGUUUCAGAGGAUUCUCUGCCAUCUUGCUGGUGGAUCACUGGAACAGUCACAAGCAGAAUAGGAUGACAGAACUACAAGUGGGCAUAACCGUUGGGGCCCAUUCAUACUGACCCACUAGCCUCUCUGUUGCAUGGAUGCUGGGAAUUCAGACUCAGCUGAGCCAUCUCUCAAGCCCUGCAGCCAAACUUCUGCACCCAGACCACCUGACCCAGGGCCUUGCCCUGCUACUGAGUUACAGCCCUACUCCUUAAUGUUUUGCUAUAAGGUUUUGCAUUAAUAAUUAGUUAAUAAAUGCUCUCACAGGGUUGCUUCCUGCCUCAAUGGUUGAAGUUUCCAAAUGGAAGUCACACACACACACACACACACACACACACACACACACACACACACACACCCUUUACAUUUUAAUAUGUCAGAAACAGCACAAUAGCUAGUUAACGGCCUAAUCCCACACUGCUAGAAUCUACCUCUCACUGACAAUUCCGAGAUCCUACUUACUAAUUCCUAUAUUCCACCUUGGCUGUUCUUAACUCCAACUAGUCUGCCUUUUGGGCCGUGUUUUCUUAGCCUAGAGACUGGAGGUGUUCUCCUUGCUUCUUUCUGUACCCCCUGGCGGCCUCUGUGUCUCCUCCCUCCUAAAGUGUGAUGGACCUCCUCCUUCCUCUCCUCCUGGUCCCAAGACAGGAGGGAAAUCCUAAAAUCCCACCUCUGUCUGUCCUUUCCAGUGAUUGGCUGUUGGCAUUUUUAUUUACCAAUCAGAACAAACUGGGGGCAGGUUCUCAGAAGCUACAUGCAGACCCUCUCAUGUAAACAGGUUUUUGGGCAACAUAAUUAGCUUUUACAAGUAGGCACAAUAAGAUAUGUGUGAGUGCGCGCGCACGAGUGUGUGUGUGUGUGUGUGUGUGUGUGUGUGUGUGUGUAUGUGUAUGUGUACAUGUGCAUGUGUUAGCCUGAAACAUUUGAUCAUCCUGUCUUAGUCUCCCAAGUUCUGGAAUUAAAGACAUAAAUUUAUCCCACCUUGAAUUUGAAAUUCUGUUGCCGCUGUGCUUUUUGUGUUAGAGAAUGGGUCUGGAAUACAGGAAUGCCUGUGUUGGCACAGGUAAACUUUGUGUUUGUUUGGCUAUGCUCUGGAGAGCAGUUUUAGGAUUGUCAGGCUGAGUGUGGAGGUGGGUGCUGACCAAUAAUCCACUCAGCUCUCAUGGAUUCUACCUGAUUUAUUCCAAGUGUGAGAUUCUUAGGUACUGUCCUGUUUGAAGGUAAAUAUUCAAUAUUUCAGGGCCGUUAGAAACCUGUUUUUUGAAUAGUAACGUGAUUCUCAGAUUUUGCUGUUUCUAGGACAGUGUAGUACGUUUUGUUGUUUCUGGAAACCUAGCAGCUGCUGUGGCCGUUUACAAUGGCACUUAACAAGCGUGCACCACUUAGGAGAGAGCUGCACUUUAAUUGGUCUUUAAAGUUGUAUCAGUAAGUAACUAUUUUAGCUGAAAACUAAGGGAACAAUUUACAAAAAUUAGUUUGUUUGCUCCUUUGAGUUUAAGGCUUGCUACACUGUAGAUAGUUUUCAGAUGUUUGUGUUGGGGUGCAUUUUUAUGAGAGGCCAUGGAAAUUAAUAGACAAUAAGUUUUAUUUUCAUUAUAAUCUGACACUGUCUUUGAAUGAGUUCCUAUCUUGUUGCUGAGAUAGACUCCCCCACGGAAACCAGUUGAGGGAGGAAAGGUUCUUUGACUCGCAGUUUCAGAGGGAUUGCAGCUUGUUCUGGGGUGGUGGGAGAUAUGGUGGUUUGAAUGGCUUUGCCCUGGGAGAUGAGAGUGUGAGGUUGCUUUGAGAGUCAGAAUCACAAGGUCCAUAUUUAGUGACCUACUUCCCACAGUUAAGCCUGGAAUUUAAAGGCUUCAUAACUUACCCAGACAGCCCCUCCAUUUGGGGAGCAAAUGUUCUGGCGUAUGAACCUGUGGUGAACAUUUCAGAUUCAAACAAGAGCAGCCCUAAGAGAAAACGUGGGAACAGACUUCUUAGGUUUUGCCUGAGUUUAAAUGAAAAUGUCCUGUCUUUUUGGAGGAAUGUGGUUGAGAGAUCAUUACUUGAAGUGCAGGGGAGAUCAUUGAGCUCACUUGGGAUGGAAGUGCAGGGACUGCACUUAUGAGCUUGUCCCCACAUAUGUGUGCUGGAAACUGAAUUCUGAUAGGGAUAGGAGCAAACCCUCUUACCUGUUGAGCCAUCUCUCCCACCCGACCCCAGUAGUUAAAAUUUCUUUUUGUGACAGGAUUUUCCAAGAUGACCCUUUUCUUCUAUCUAAAGUAUAGUUCCUAGCUUUCUUGCCUUCUGAAUGGCUUCCUGAAUGGAAAAUAAGCCCUGAGGGCUGCUGUGAUUUAUUUUAUAAACGGGACUAGAAAGUGAACAGUUUGGCAAGCUCCCCAUCUCGCAGCACCUCUGAGAUGGAUCCCUGCCCCCAGUAGAGACUUGUUAUAUUUAUAAACUAUUAUUAUUUCAGAAUCAUCAAAGGAAACGUGUAGCGAUGAUAGGGAAGGAACUUGUUUAUUCUGGAAUUUUCUUCACUUUAUUUUAAACAUCGAGGAAAUGACUGAGAAAGCUUUGGCAAAGUGAAGACAGAUGGGUAAAGAGCAGACUGAGUUUGUGGACUGCACUGAACUCCUAAGUAAGAGCAGAUAUCCUCUGCAUGACACGUGACGAGCCGUUUGCCUUCUGGGAGUGUCUUGAGGGAAACUGGGUGAUACUUCAAAUUGAUACAAGUUUUAUUUAUUUCAUGAAAGGCCAGCAGGAAGCUGCACUGUGAGUGUAGAAUACCGUGUUCCCUUUCCGGCUGUGCACAGAUAGGGUGCAGAGUGGUGUAGACUAUUCUGAUCUCUGGGAUAACAUGGAUCUGGACCCGGACUUCCUGCUCCUGGCUACUCGUGACCAGUAAUGCACAAAUUAGAAAGCAAUCUCUUUACUUCUUGCAGAAUUUAAAGGACUGUAGGUAACUUGUGUUAAGGGUAGAGGUACCUGGGGGGAAACAUACAAUGUUAUUAAAGUAUCACAUCACCUUAUCUCCUUUGUUUCAUGGAGAUUUACGGAUACAGUCACCUACUGCUUUCCUGUGGGUUUACUAAGAGAUGGAUUGUGGUCCUUAUGCUUUUCCUUCUGUCUCCUGUGUCAGUCCUGUCAACUAUGUCACAGUCUAUUUACUGCAAAGACUAAGGCCUGUGUCGUCAUCCCCAGCUACUGUCCUGAAGUCUGGAUGUGGUGGCCUUUGAUCUGUAGAAGCCUAGAACAGAACUCACCAAGCGCAUGUGUAAAGAGAGUGUCCCAAAUGCCAUCAUCCCCCUCCACAUUUCUACCAGUCUGUGUGUUCUCUUUAGAGAUGGACAGAUAGAAAAAGCAACAAAAACCAUGGGUUGCUUUUGAGAUACUGAGCAAGUUUUAUCUACCACGUUUUUGUAACAAAUGGCCCAUUCUUACAGACUCAGCCAGGAGAGCUUACAUUAGAUGCCUAAGGGAAUUUUACCCAGCCAUUUGUUACAUACUAGACAAAAGAUUUUUGGAGAAGAGUUGUGGGGGCCAGGGGACAGUUGAGCAUAUGUGAGUGAAUUCUGUUCUCAGUGAAUUGGGUUUUGUUUUUUUACUUCAUUAUUAUUUUUAAGAAGCAAUACUGGCACUGAAAUAUGCUAGCCAUGUCGUGCAGGUCUUGGGACCCCUUUCCCAUUGGCAGCUGUGCAGUGUUUUCUGUGUGGGAGAAGGCUAAAGUACAGAAGGAGGGGCAGAAAGAACAGAUAAACUCACUGGGCAUUUGUUUUUAAAAUCCCACAUGUCCAGUGAUAAACUUAGGAGGAAUACAAGAGAGCCACACACGAGCCAGGCAGCAUCCUUGGGCAUGUGUGGUGACUGUGUCCUAGUGUUGGCUUGGUAGGAGAUAGAGCAUUCUUACCUUUCACUAAAAUCAACUUCUGUGUAGGAUUCUGCACUUAUAAUUUUGCAGUCUUUGCUUUGAUAAAGAUUUGUUUUCUAACAAUUUAUCCAUAGUAACCCAUCCUGUUUGAGAGAACAGAGAUUGGACCUUCACCCAAUGCACACAUGGUAAUUAGAAGUGGGCCCACAGCUCAAGUCUAGUCUUCCCCUUGUAAUUGGAUUCCACAGGAAGAUACACAUUUUUUUUUUUUUUUUUGGAGCUGGGGACCGAACCCAGGGCCUUGCGCUUCCUAGGCAAGCGCUCUACCACUGAGCUAAAUCCCCAACCCCGAAGAUCCACAUUUUUAAGUGAACUGUGGUAUUGUGAGCACACCCUGAGGUGUGCGUUUCUAAUUUGCCCCGGAGCCUGUGUAUGGUAGGAGUCGGGGUGACAUUACCAGGCAGAUGUGAAGGCCUUCUGUAGUUGGGGAUAGUGUGUGUAAGUAGUCAGAGGUGACUCAGCGUGCGCCAGAUGGUGACGCGGUGGCAUCCGUCCAGGACUGUGGGUAGGUCUGACUUUUAGCUACGAGGUGUGUUGUCAGAGUGAGGGAGCCACUUCAUCAAGGACAAAUGUUUGCUUUUAUAAAUAGCUAAUUAGCUGACACGGAGGGUGCUUGCUUUCGAGUAGAGAUGAGGUUUUCAUGUCCAACUGAAUUGUUCUCGUAGUGUUAGGGGUGGUGUAUGCCUGCUUUGGGAAGAGUUUGUUUUGCAUCAUUUGUUCUGGUCUUGUGUUAUAUGAGACCACUAAAUUGCAGAGUUCUGCCUUCUGAGUCCUGUACUUGUCUCUCUGCAGCCAGAUGAUUGGUUUCCAGUAGCAGUGUUCCUUCAAGGUGUCGGGUCCUUGUUGUGAGUGCCUUUCUGUGGCCACUGUCUUAGCUUGCCCUGUGUGCUCUUCUCCUGUCCUGUGUUCAUGCUUUCUCUGUUCCUGCUCCAUGCCCACUUCUGCUCCUAUCCUGUGGUCAGAUGCCACCUCCAAGUGUUUUUCACCAGCCUGUAGCCUAGGACAGGAUACCAUGCCUGUCACACCUCUAAGCCUUUGGUCUGGAAGCUGGAGAUAGAGACCCUGCUCUUGUCAUUCCUCUUCUACCUCUGGCUCCCCAGAGGCUCAUCUUAGCCAUAUGUGUUGCUAGUCACAGCUCCUCGGUCAGCACGAACUGGGGACCAGAAGCCCCAAUUUGGUCAUGGCUGGGGUGGCUCUAGCAUUUUCUGUGGAUUAAAGACUUACUUGUACAAGACAUGUGACUUUGUCCUCAAAUCAGGAUGAGUGGGCCACUCUACUCUCUAGGGUGCUGCUCUAGGGCCAAAGUUUCGAGAGCUCACCCAUUGGAUGGACUUUUCUGUGCUUAGGAAGGGUGGCUCCAGGGUGUGCCGGACGCCUUCACGCACCUCCUACUGUCCUUUCCUCUUGGUCUCUCCUGAGCUUGCCCUGCCAUAUCGUCUGCGCCCCAUGGACUCCUGGUAUCCCGUCCAUCCUCAUGCCCACCACCUAUUCCUGUCAGGACGUGGCUGAGCCCGGCCAGAGAGUCACUAGCGACUGAGAUCCUGUUCCCACUUCUGGGGGCCUCAGGGUAGCCUGGAAAUGGACCAUGUUCCUCCUUGGCCCCCACUGCAUACUGACCUUUAACUUUGUCUGUGGUUCACCCCAUUGAUUUAUGUAUUCACUUUAAAUCCCGAUUGCUGCCCCUCCCCUCCUAGUCUCACCCUCAUAUUCCUCUCCCCCCACUCUCUCCUCUGAGGAGAAGGGGAGUCCCCAUGGGGACCAACCCCCCCCCACACCCCUGCCUCUCUGCACAUCAUUGUCAUUCUGGAGUUUCACUUACACCUCAUUCCCAUUUCCUUCUGUAGUCAGUAAUCUUUCUACCAUAUUCAAGUCAGACCGGUAAACGCUGACGUCGCCAGUUCUUCCUGCUGACCUUAGACAACUCUGCCUGGUCCUGGACCCCGCCCUCAAUUUACAUAUUUUCCAUUCAUAUUUGAAGAACAGUCCCUCUUAAUUCCUACAAAUCACCCCACUAGCCUAUUUUAAUCUCCUCAUUUGUCAAAAUAUGAACGUGUGUAGUAACAUGCUGAUGUCUGUUUUAUAUACUUUCUGUGCUUUCCAACUUUAUAUGACUUAUCAUUUUUAAAGUCAGAGCACAGUUAAAUGUUCUUAGUCGUGUGUGUGUGUGUGUGUGUGUGUAACACAUAUGCCCAGUAAACCUAUUAUUCCCUUAUCUAUAGGUUGUGUUAUAAGGAAAACACUGACUCCAGUUGGAGUUGAAAUACUAUUUUUCCCUCCUCAAAUUUUCUACUGAGCAGAUAGAUGAGUGCAGCCCUGAGACUCCAGCUUUUCCUUUGAUUUUGAUAGCAGGCAGCGAGCCUUUCAGAUGUGAGGUGAACUUUGGCACGCUGGGGCAGCGUUUGCCUUUUGCUUGCCUCUGUUCUGGCGCAGGUGGAACUGUCUCCUUCCCUAAGAGCACGGAGAGGGUGUAUGUCCUGUGGUGAUGAGGACAUUCCUCCAUGGCUGGGAAAGGACCUGACACAAGCUGCAGCCACUCCGUGGGUUAGUGUCUGGGUCAUUUGCUGGUGACAAGUGUGGCCACUGAAGUUUUAUGGCUGGAAAUUGCAGUGGUUUCAGAAACAGGACGACUCACUCUCUGCUUACUGCUGGGUUUAGAAGGGAUAUUUGGCUGCUGUGUGGCUGAGGCAGCAUUGUCCUAAAGCAGUGUGGCUCCCAGGCUUUUGUCCUGUGUGGGCAGGAAUCCAGAUCUGAUGGCAGCCUCUCUCCUGAAAAUGCAGCAGUCUGUCAUGUUUUCAUUUCCUUGAUUCACAUCUUUUAUGCUAUAAUUAGUGAUUACUGAGAUCUGGAAGGCUCCACAGCUCUGGAUCUGACACCUGACACACUAGAGUAGAGAGAGAGAGAGUCAGAGACAGAGACAGAGACAGAGACAGAGAGAGACAGAGAUAGACAUCAUCACACGGGCAGCUCCAGGCUUGUGUUCUGCUGUGGCUUUGCUAGUGUGACUCCCAGGAUGUGUCGGUGGCAUGGCUCGGUGAUGGAAAGUUGCAUAUAUUCUAAUAAUGUCUUCUGUGAGAAGACCAUGCAGGCCUGUACAUAAACCAACCAUAAAUGCUUUACAGUAUCGUAGUUAUCACUGUACUUGGAAAUAGGCUCAUUUACUAUCCACCCAUUUCAGCACGGGCUUGGGAGAAUAGAGAACGUACUGCAAGAAUUGCCUAGUGGUUUCCCUGCCUAGUGGUUUCCCUGCCUAGUGGUUUCCCUGAAGAAGCUGAGGCUGUUAUUUACUCUUAGUCCCUUCCUGAGGUUGCAGCUGUCUUUAGGAAGCAGCCCUGGCCUGAGAGGAUUUUCAGACUUUCAGAUCGGAAAGAGGGUUAUUAUAUUACCAUAACCAUGACUGAAUGCACCUUUACCCUGGCCUGCCUGUGAUGCUGAGCCAAACACAGACUCCACCCCCCCCCCCCCAAACACACACACACUCACACCCCACACCCUACACCCCAAGCCUAGAUCCUGGUCACUUUCCCUACAUGCCUUGGGCCCAGUCAGAGAAAUUGAAGAUCGCUACUCUGUCUGUGUGCCUGUAACAUUUCCCAUCAUGCCUUGUUCUUCUGAAGGACCUAUCAUCCCAGGUGUCUGUUACUGUAACAGUUCCCAUCAUGCCUUGUUCUUCUGAAGGACCUAUCACCACAGGUGUCUGUUACUGUAACAGUUCCCAUCAUGCCUUGUUCUUCUGAAGGACCUAUCACCACAGGUGUCCGUUAGUGUAACAGCUCCCAUCAUGCCUUGUUCUUCUGAAGGACCUAUCAUCCCAGGUGUCUGUUACUGUAACAGUUCCCAUCAUGCCUUGUUCUUCUGAAGGACCUAUCAUCCCAGGUGUCUGUUACUGUAACGGUUCCCAUCAUGCCUUGUUCUUCUGAAGGUCCUAUCAUCCCAGGUGUCUGUUACUGUAACAGUUCCCAUCAUGCCUUGUUCUUCUGAAGGACCUAUCAUCCCAGGUGUCCGUUACUGGCUGCUUCGCAGACGGCCCGCUUGAGGACAUUGACCCCAAAGACUCCUGUCUCAUUCCAAGAAACAUCAUGGCCGAGCCGGACUACAUAGAAGAUGAUAAUCCUGAGCUAAUUAGGCCCCAGAAGCUGAUCAAUCCUGUCAAAACAUCCCGAAACCACCAGGACCUCCACAGAGAGCUUCUUAUGAAUCAAAAAAGGGGUCUUGCUCCUCAGAAUAAACCAGAGCUGCAGAAGGUGAUGGAGAAGAGGAGGCGUGACCAAGUGAUAAAACAGAAGGAGGAGGAGGCUCAGAAGAAGAAGUCCGACCUGGAAAUAGAACUGUUGAAGCGACAGCAGAAGCUGGAGCAGCUUGAACUUGAGAAGCAGAAAUUACAAGAAGAGCAAGAAAAUGCCCCAGAGUUUGUGAAGGUGAAAGGCAAUCUCAGGAGAACAGGCCAAGAGGUGGCCCAGGCCCAGGAGUCCUAGGCCCAGGCUGUGUGACCUGGUGUGUCCCCACCAUCUGUUUCCGCAGGGGCCCUGUCUAGGCUCUGCAGUGCUCCUCUUGGCCAAAGCCCUGAGGGAGAGCACCCAGCAGAUGAGAAAUUUGAUUAUCAAAAAGGAUUGCGUUUGAUUUACCAUUGUGGUAGAUGAGUCGUCUCUGACGGUUGCCAUUCCCGUUCGCCAAAUGGACAUCGACCAGCACACAAGACACCAUGGACCUGUGUUUAGAGACUUUAGACAAAGAAACCCACGGAACAAGUGGAGAGAGCCAGGAAGCAGGCACUGGAACACAUGUGAGGGCUGAUCCUCGGCCUUUCUCCCACUCCAAGUUUAGUGGGGCUCAGAGCCUUCCUUGUUCUUUUAAAAACUACGCGAGUUGUUCGGAAUCCCUCUUGGGUUAGCUGUUAUUGUUUUGACUGCAUCGAAAUGCUUUUCAUCUGUUACAUCCAGUAUUGUAUUUCAUUUUGAGACCCCAGAUUUUACCCCCACAUUACAAGCUAAGAAAGGAGGCUAUUACUGUUUAUGUUCAGUCAGACUUUUACUUUGGUUGACAGUGAAGCUCUGACACAGGAUUAGCCAUGUUAACAUGUCAGCGCCCAUCAUGAACUUACUGUAAUCCCCUUAGGUUUGGUGUGGCAGCAGGCCAGAUGUCCCCUCUCCGCUUCCAAGAAGGUACAAACAGCCUUUCGAUGCCUUUCUUGUUCUGACAGCCAUAGGCUUUCUGUUCAGUUUUAGUUUGUCAUUUCUUGCUCAACUAUUCCUUUCAGUUGAAGCAAUUCCUCAGUUCUCUGGUGGAUGAAACUCAACUUCUGUGUUCCAUAUAGAGAGACCAGAUCUUUUGAGUUCUCCUGCGAGCAGUGUAGAGGGGUGUCCAUUAGGACUGGGUGACGAGGCCUUUAGAGAUUGUAUGUAUUGCAAAUAGAGAUCUGUUUCUAGGAGACUUUAGUGGAAGACUAUACUUUUUACAUUUUGAGUAUUUUAGAUUUGAGCUUUGAACAUCCCUGACAGAUGGUCACAAGUUUCUUUCCCUUCUGUUUCUUGUGAAGAAUGACUAUCUUGGCGCUCUCUUGGCAUGAUGCUGUUGGUAGGGAUGGUCCUGACUACUGUGUUGCAUCUCUCAGGAAAAGCUGAGGUGCUGGGCAGGACUGCUCAGUCUCCUCUUGCUAGCUAGUGUGCUGUUCUAAGAGACAUCUAGGUUACACGUAAUAUGAAUGUUCUCAUGCAAAAUAUACUUUAUGCUACAGGCAUGAGAGGUUUUUUUUGUUUUUGGUUUUUUUUUCUUUUUAGCAUUUAGUACUUCUCCAUAGAGAUGAUUUAACCAGUAAUUUCUACACUUCUUUUUCCUUCCAUGAUGCAUAGAAUACUGGUAGUGCUUUGGAAUCCUUGAUUAGCACACUAGAUGCUAGUUUUCUCUGGGAACACUUCAGUCUGGGAGUUAAUGGGCCCAUGUUCCCUUCAAGUAUGAAUAAGAAGUCAAUGGAAGACAGUUCACUGCUAGACAAGAAGCACGAGAGCCGAUUAUAGCAGAAGGGAUUCUGGGUCCUAUCACAAGUGUUAUCUAAAUAAAAUAUGAGAUGCUGAAGGUAAGAUGGCUUGCCCUUGAAGAUCGGCAUGGUGACAACUCUGUCAUCUUCCUUCCCUUUGGGAAAAGAGAGGUCAUUCGCUGAUUGUUGAAAUGAACCUCUCCAGUGCACACUGCUUAUUCUUUCUCUGUGCAUAUGGAGGAAUGAUGCCAGGUGUAGGGUGAUCAUUCGGGGCAAUUAGACCUUCCUGUCUACCUGGAAGUUAGCUCUGGAGAUAUUCUGCCACUUGGCAGGAUCGUCAGGAGCCAUCGCCAGCUCCCAUAGAAGGGCUGAUGCUGUUCCAAGACACCAGUGGGGAAAGCUCGCUGCAAACACACUUGCUUCCUGGUUGCGCUCAGACCUGCGGUCUUCCUUGGUGAUUAGUGCUGCAGAGUCAAGCCAGAAGAGGACUUGGGCACAGCAUGAUGUGAUGGCUUCUGCCAGGUCUCAGAGCAUCCGGGGAGUGGGCCCCUUAGGAGUCUCUCAGCUCUGCUCACUGGGAGUGCAGUCGGUCGCUCACUCUGCACCUAACACUGUGUAGUCGGACGUGCCACUUGAGCAGUGUCAUGCUUUGAGCCACUUAUAGGGGGAAGGCUCCAUUUUUCCACUCUGUAGUUUUCUUAAGAUAGCUCUGUGUUUUGUGGUCUCCUGCUAAUAUAGUAGUGUUGCUUUCUAAGCUAUAACAGUCAACUUUAUUCUUCUACUCCAAGAAUCUCACCCCAUUUGAGUGUACAUAAUAUAUAUAAAGGAGCCUUAAUGGAUUUGUUUUCAUAAUUUAAUAUUUUUUGUAUUUGCUCUUGUAUAAUUGUUUUUUUUAAUGGAAAGUAUUACAGAAUCGAGGGUGGAAUUCUUAGAACCAAAGUUAUUCUUAAUAAAAAUCACCAAUGCUUGGA